AAAAUGAAAAUGAAAAUAAAAAUUGUUCCAGUGUGAGAGAACUCAUCCCUUCUUCCUCCUCUUUCUUUCGUCUCUGUGAGCUUGUAGAUUUAUAGAUAAAACGGCUACUGUUCCAGAAUCCUGAGCAUCCAUUGGGUAAAUGCUUCAACUUGAGCUCAACGUGGUCAAUGAAUUAGCUUAGACAGUACGGAGGAGAAAAAUUAACCCUUUUUUUUCUGAGUUAUUUACCACUUCCUUUACUCGUUAUGCUCGGCAUCACAUUAUUAUUUCAUUUCGAAGUUGUUCUGUGACUUUUUUGUAUGUUUCCGAUUGAUAUGAUGUUUCAUGGGUUUCAUCACUGCUUCCGAAUUAUAUGAUAAAUUAUCUGCACCUGCACAUUUUUGCUCUGAUUUUUUUUUUUUUGCUGAUGUUAAUGAAAGAUGUUUCUAAAUAUAAAAUUCAAGUUUAAAUUCACCUUCUAUAAUAGAAAAGUGGAUGAUUUUUUGGUGGUGCUGCAAUCUAAUCUUUGUGUAGGUACAAUUUUGUUAUCCUGUAAAUUGAUUCAGCAUCCUUUGCUUUUCUGGAACCUUCUAUACUCUACAAAGUGGAAGAAAAGUUUACAACUUCAAAUAAAUUUUCUAGCGCCGGCAAAAGCUCAGAUGGGGACCUUAAGAAAAAAAAAAAGGAUAUGGGUCGAAACGAGAAAGUUCAUUGCUUGUUAUAGGUCCUUUGACCUGAAGAGCCAAGAGAAAGAUAAGGCAUACACAAGGGUAGAGGCACCGCGGGGGGUUCAAAAACCAAUUGCAGGGCAGAGGCAGGAGUUCAAAGAAAAUCAAUACCAGUAGCGGCGGUUUGUAGAGCUUAAUUAUGUCCAGAGAUGCAUACUAUACUGAAGUAUAUUACAGGGGUGGGUUUAAGAUUCAAAGAAGUUGAUUCUGAUUCUGGUACCGCUGAAGUGAACACUGGAAAGAGAGACCUCUUAAAUUUUACAAUUCCAGGCUAAGAUGAUUCGAAUUCCGGAUCUUCCACUACCUUGCUCUGUCAUGUCAGGCUCCAAUAAAAUGUAAUCAGAAUUAUAUAUUUAUUGAGAAUGGAUAUCAAGCAGGCAGAGAGGAUAGUUGUUACCAAACCAGUAGCUACAAGGCCAACUCGUUCCACUUUUAGGUCAUUUUCUGAGCUCCUUUCUGGUGCAAUUGAUGACCCACCCCAUGAAACCUGUUCUGAGAUUGCAGUUGCUGCCAUAAGACCAAAGACUGUGAGGUUCAACCAAAUGGCGAGUUCUGCUCCGGGGGCUGCACUUUCUUCCCAGGCUGAGUUCUCUGAAACUCUACUAAAUUUUGACUCAAAACGUGACGUGUAUAAGUUGGACAAAAGAGCUACUCUGGUAUAUAAACCACAAGCUAAGUUUGUGUCAAAGACGACUGUUUCUCUUUUGGCAAAUAUGGGAAACUUCAAUAGUAGCUACCAAGAAAUGCUACCAUUGGUGGAGACACAUGUUCCAUGCCCAAACAAAGAUAUACAGAAUCUCCCAUCCCAGCUAGGCAAAAACCUUCAGAUUGCAUUGCAUACAGAAACUGAUCGGUCAAUUGAAUGCGAAAAUAUAGCACUGCAGAACCUAGAAGAGGUUCCAAAUGCUCCUCAUGCAGCAAAUGGGGAUCGACCAUCUUAUGAUGGCUAUAACUGGAGAAAGUAUGGGCAAAAGCAAGUCAAAGGAAGUGAAUAUCCAAGAAGUUACUAUAAGUGCACCCACCCUAAUUGUCCUGUGAAAAAGAAGGUUGAAAGGUCGUUUGAUGGACAGAUCGCAGAAAUUGUUUACAAGGGUGAACACAACCAUUCAAAGCCUCAGCCUCCAAACCGCAACUCAUCAGCAACACAUGGUUUAGGAUCUCUAUCUGAUCCUUCUGCUCAUGAGACAAAUGUCCCAUCGUGGGAUAAGCUCUUGGAUGAAAGAAAUGAAGGUUCUAAAGGUAGAGUAGAAAAUCGAUAUGUGGAGGCAUUAUCUGCCUUGGCUUGUCAGGACAGAGAUUUAUUGUCUUCUAAUCCUGUUGUAACUGGAGGAAUUAAUACUGGUGCUGUAACUUCUGACAAUUUUUGUGGAAUUAGUGCUGAUUGUGAUGAAGGAAGCAAUGGACAGGAUGGUGAACCUAGAAGCAAAAGAAGAAAAAGUCAGAAUCAUUUCAAUGAAGGAGUUGUAGCAGGGGAAGAUAUACGAGAUCCCCACAUUGCGGUACAAAGUUCCGUGGAUUCUGAAAUUCUGGGGGAUGGUUUCCGCUGGAGAAAAUAUGGACAGAAGGUUGUAAAGGGCAAUCCAUAUCCCAGAAGUUACUACAGAUGUACCAGUCUCAGCUGCAAUGUGCGUAAGCAUGUGGAAAGGGCAUCGGAUGAUCCAAGGGCUUUUAUUACGACAUAUGAAGGAAAACAUAACCAUGAAAUGCCUAUCAAGAAUAAAAAUUUGGUGUCCUCAGAAUCAAAUUCACAGGCCACUACUAGUUGAGAGAAACGAAACCUACUGGCAUUCGAUCAUCAAACAAGCAAAAAUCAACAGCAGCUGCCUCAUAAUAUCUAAGAAAUCUGAAGUCUUAAAAGAUGGUUCAUUUGUGGGUAAUGUGAAUUAAAUCAUAUGCUCGAGAUUUUCAUCUACUGUCUUUCCUUCUAUUCCAAGUAUCAUGUUUCUUUUCUCGAUUGAUUACCUUCUGCUUAAUGUAGUUAUGUAGUAAUGUUUCCACUUUGGGGAAGUUGCAUAUAAAUUUCACUUGUUUACUAAUUGUCGAGCAAAGAAAGUUAUUGGUAUUUUGAUGA